CAAUUUCUUGACAUAACAUACUACCAAGGGAUGAAAAUUAAAGAAAUGGCAUGAAGAAUGUUGGCAGAUCGACUCACAAUUUCCCUGCCAUUCCUUUUUAGUUUUUAGAAACAUGGCUCUGUGUCAGAAAUUGCAUUGCAAUUUGCAACAAAAAUUACCUCGUGUAACAUGACUUUUAGCCUGGGGGCUUAAUAGAGGCUGGGACUAACUUUUUAAUAUUACUCAUCAUUUAAUUAAGAAGCAUUUCAAUACAUUUUACAGGUAAACCACAUGAACUGAUGUUCAAGUGUUCCUAACCCAUUUGGAAUUUUUCUAAUUAUAUAUACCAGUCCUGUAAUUUUCCUAAAACGUUGUUGCAAAUCCUUUGAAGUAAUUUGCAAUGUUCCUAAGCCAAUUAAAUGUCUCUCACUGCAGGUGCAGUUGCACUACCAUAGUAAGUAUAUAAAAAAGGGAUUAUUCAAAUUAUUAUUCAAAAUAUAAUUCCCAUAAACAUCGAUACACUGCUAUUAAUAUACAGUAUAUUAACUGAAACAGUACAAACCGGAAAGACUGAAAUUUUUUUAUAUAAACUGGGUGGGCCAGCAUAUGUAAAAGAUGUUAUAAAACCAACACAAAUAUUUGUUCUUUGUACCGGUACCAGAUUUUGAUUGUAAUUGUAAUGUCAAUUACAAAGGAAUUUACAUGCGAAAGUAAAGUUUGUAACAUGCAAAAGGAAUCUUCGGAUUCAACUUUUCUAGAAACUUUAAACAGGAAGUGAGGAAACGUUAGUUAGCUUAGGAAAGUUGUAAAUUUGCUGAAGGAAUUUGCAAAGAAAUUUUUCAAAUGUGCAAUCUUAUGUACUGUAGGAAAAAUCCAAAUGGGUUAAGAAUUAAAAACAUUGAGGAGCGCUUAAUUGAUGUAGUUUACUUGUAAUACAAUUUAUAUACAGCAUCAGUGAACGUUAUAUUAUGUUUGUGCUGUAAGUUUAUGUUGAGAAUGAUUUACUUCCUGUAAUAGUGGAUGAGUGCUAAAUAAAGGGUGGGACUGAUUUUUUCCAGCACUUCUGGAGUGGGGGCUAAGUAGAAAGGGGGGGGGGGAUAUGGUAUGUAAUGUUUAAUUUAUACUUAAUUUAUAAUGAGCAGCACCAACUGGAAGAGAAGGGAUAUAAAGGUUAUACUCUGAAGGAAGUUAUCAACAAAAUUAAAAAGCUUCGUCAGAAAUAUAAACAAGAAAAAGAUAAAGCAAAGCGAUCAGGCAAUGGUGCAUGUAAAAAGUGGAAAUUUUUUAAUGAUAUUGACUUAUUUUUGACAACAAGACACAAUGUCACUCCCCCAGUUGUUGUUGACACGAUGGCAGAAGAUAAUUCUGAGAUGGAUAAUGGACAAGUAGAAGAGUUGGAUAACAGAUCUGGUCCAGGUAUUUGAUUAGACAACACUACAGUACAUACAGUAUUCAUUACAGGAAGAAAAUAAGGGUACACUGAUUUGCCUAUUAAUUGAAAACAAUUACUUGAAAUGUCCAAAAAAUUUCUCCUUAAAGUGUAUAUGACAUGAAAUUUCUUAUUUUCUAAAAUGAGAGAACUCUUUAAGUUGUAGUGUAACUCAUUUUCCAGUUUCUUGUUUUUGUGGUUUGUUCCCGAGAUAUUUUAAUUUGUUUGAUAUGUAAAUGAGCGUGAAUAUGUCCGUUAAUUCAUGACGUCAUGUUGGUUGCAAGCUCAACUUACACUGGUUAUAAAUCUAUUAACUCUAAAAACUGUAGAUAUCAGUUCACGUUUUUCUCCAGUGUUUCAUCACAUUUACCAGUGAGUGAAGUUUGAAAUGAUCAUCUUGGAUGAUAGCAGUGAUAUCCAACCAUUUUGAAGAGCUUGCAACCAACAUGACGUCAUAAAUUAGCGGACAUAUUUGCACUCAUUUACAUAUCAAACAAAUUGAAAUAACUCGGGAACAAACCAUAAAAACAAGAAACUAAAAAUAAGUUACACUACAACUUAAAGAGUUCUUUCAUUUAAGAAAAUAAGAAAUUUCAUGUCAUAUGCACUUUAAACAGAGCAACACCUGAAAGAUAUCCAGAAAAUAAACAAUUCAUAUCUAUUGCCUUGUGGAGAACAUGCCAGAAAUUUCGGGAACCACUGAGCAUUUUAAUAAAAUUAAAAUCUAGUCGAAACAUAGAUUGAAUUUUUUCAAAAUGCUUACCGUUUUUGAAGUAACUAUUGUUUUGUGAAAAACAUCACAUAUAUUUAGUGCAAAGCUUUCAAUCCAUAAGCCUGGGUCUUCGUCAGUGCUAAUAAUAUAUUCUGAUGAAGAAUUUGGGCUUGCAGAUCGAAAAUGUCUUGGGAACAAAAUGUCUUCGGAAAUGACUCAUUGUAAUGAAUAUAAAAUGAGCUAUUAAGAUUUCCUGGAAUGUGUAAUCUGUGGUAGUAUAUAGUAUUACAUACGACACAAUCGUGAUAUAUCAGAUUUUUGUAAACAGCUGGACAUUAACCAUCUACCUAAGCAAAUCAUGAGUGACUGGGUUUCAUCAGUCUAAAGUUCAUUGCGACCAUGCCAAACCAGUUUCUCUGGGUGUCAAAUAGGCUUGGAAGCUAGUGCUUAUUUGUUUUCUAUUGUUCUCUAGCCAGUUUUGUCAGUCUGUGUAAAAUCUCAUAAAAGUUGAUUAAAUUGCACCUGAUAGGUUUUCAUUUAUAGUUUCUCUUUAUUUCAAUAAAGUUGAUAUUAUGGUUGAUAAAUAUGGUCAAGGAGAAACUAGUGUCUACAAGUGUAGAAGUUGUGAUUACGAACAGGAAAUAAGAUCUAGUGGUGUCCAUGUUUCGGAAGGUGGAUCUGUCAUGGUUUUUUCCAGUGAAGAUGAAUUCCAUUGCCCUAAAUGUGAUUCAAGUGAGAAUGAUCAGCUACCAAGCAAAUGUUCUGGUAAGAGAUGCCCAGAUAUCUAAAGCAACUAUAAAGUAAUAAUUUAUUAAAAUAUUUUAAAAACUUAUUUCGCGGACUGAUAACGUUCUGGCGAAUUUCAUGUAAGGUAUGGCAGAAACCCUUAUUUUUUACAACUCCAGUUUCAGCCAAAACUGAUAAUUUCACUAACUUUGAACUGUCAAUAUAAACAUCAAUCCUUAUUCUUUUAAAGGAAGUCAUCAUGACAGUUCUCAUGAAGGUGAUCCUGGACCUGGUGCAUCUGAAGAGCAACUAAAUAACGCAGGAAACGAAGCAAGCAAAGAGAAAACGCUAGUACUGCCAAAGAGAAAAAAGAAAAGCAAUCUGCAGCAACCGAUUUUGAAAGGUUGGUUGUAAGCAAUAAUGACGAUGAUUUUGAAAAUUGAUUCGUUAACUGCUAAAAUAAUAAUAUGAAGGUUGAAAUAGAAGCUACCGAAGGCGAAGUUACAGUACUUAAGUUAGCUUGGUGUGAAUGCUUUCUGUAUCCAACUUUAAUGAAUUAAAUUUAACAUAAUUUGAACUGAAUAGUUGAGUACGUUGGGAGAAAUGAGAAAUCUUAAACAAACGUGAUGGAUUGUUUUGACUGUAAUUGUUAAACAAGUUUGCCACAUGUUUAGCAAUGGUAAAUUACAUUAUAUUCGUUAUAAUUGGUCUAUUUUGUGAUGUGUUUUACAGUAAUUGCUUUCUUCCGCAUUUUUUGUUUUAGAUAUCAAAAACUUGAAGAAGAGCGUAUUAAGAGAGAACACGAGUUUCGGAUUAAACAGAUGCAGAUAGAAAGUGAACGGAGGAAAGAAGAACGGCAACAUGAAAUGAACAUGUUACGUAUGAUUUUGUCCCCUCAACAACCUCCACACGGUGUUUCAUCUGGUAACAAUUUCAACAAUCCUGUUUUCUACCAUCCAACAUACAAUAGUGUUGAUCCUGGCAAUGGCAAUGGCAAUGAUAUCACAUACUCAAAUGGCGACGCAACGUAUUUUAAACUUUGAAGAUAAACUUGAAUAUCAGAGUUACAAAAAUACUUAUUUUUAUAUUAAGUUGAAACUAUAUAAGUUCUUUCAAACUAUAUAAAUGAACAGGUGGACAUAGUUGAGUUUUGUACAUAUAUACUGUAUUUAUAUACAGGAGUAAAACUUUAAUAGAGUAUGUCAAACAUAAUAUUUAAUGGGGGAAGGUGCUUUCGAGUUAACGUUCUUGUGACUGCAAAAAGCAAAUUUCAUACACACAUGUCUCUCUUGUCAUCUUGAUCGUAGACUGUAAUGUAUAAUUUAUAUGUUAAAGCAUGUAAUGCUUAAGAGAAAUGCUCGGUCAAAGCACUGCGAAUCCUCUCGACAUCAGGUGCAUCAAUCUCAUCAAAUGCCACAAUUUGCUCUUCAAAAACGUUGGGCUCCUCCCAGUUGGGCAAAAAGUCAUCUUUCCGAAUUUCACAAAUGUUAUGUAAAACGCAAGAUGCAUGAACAACCUCUAUUAAUGAAGGUACUUCCAUAUCAACUCGUUUAUGAAACCUGGGGAAUCUACCUUUCCAUCGACCGAAUGUAUUUUCCACUGUCAUUCGUGCGCGGCUAAGUUGGUAAUUAAACUUUCGCUGGUUUUCGGAAGCCUCGUUUCUAGGAUAUCCCUUAAGUAACCAUGGAAGGAGGGGGUACGCUGGAUCACCCACAAGAAAUGGUGGUAUGUCCACUCCACAAAUUUCCUUUACAAGAUCGCGGGGGAAAAGUUGUUGCUCAUUUCCCCUUCUAAAAAUUGUGGAAUUUGAAAAAACUCGAGCAUCAUGCACGCUUCCAGGCCACCCAAUCACAACAUCCCGAAAUAAAUAAUUGCAAUCAGUUACUGCUUGCAUGAGAACGCUGUGAAAACCUUUACGGUUGACAUAUUCUACGUGAUUAUCCGUAGGUGCCAGUAUUGGUAUGUGUGUGCCAUCGAUUGCACCGGCGCACAUGGGGAACCCCCACCUUUCUUCAUAACCCUGAAGAACUUGAUGUAAUUCAUCUCCUUUCGGGAAAGUGAUAGCCUUUGGAAACUGCUUUAUUAUCGCGCAGCACACUUCUUUUACACACUGGCACGUAAAUGAUCGCGAUACACCAAAUAGAUUCCCGAUCGUCCUAUACUCGGCAGUGGAGGCCAGGAAAUAUAAUGUUAAGGCAAGUCGUCGCCUGGCAGAAACAGCUAUACGCAUAGGUGUACUGAUACGACAUAUAUCUCGCUCAACUUUCUCGAGGAUUAAUGAAAAAGUUUGUUUUCUCACUCGAAAAUUAGCAUACCAUAGCUCGUCACAAAAUGUUUCAUCAACCAUGUCAAACCAUAUUAACGAUCGUGGGUGCAUCCACAAAUCCCUAAUUCGUGGACGAUGUAAAUAUGCUAAUAUAGCUUCAACAAACAAAAGUCGACGUUUGUGUAUUUUAUCUCGAGGUAUUCGUGAUGAAUAAGCACAUUCUGGCCAUGUAUUCUGCACGAUAUCCCUUUUUCGCUUUAACUUCAUAAACCAGACAUAAGCCAAUCUCUUUCUCAUAUUGUUCGCCAUGUUUAAUUAAAAAGCCCGCCAAAAAACGCGAAAUUAUUAUUUUUUUGUUCAUAACCGCUAGCAAUAGCGUACGAGGGCU